AUGGAGCUGGAUAAUAGCUCACUGGACUACUUUACCAGCAACUUCACAGAGAUUCCUGACACCACUACCGCUCCACCCUGGAGUGAGGCCACGCUGCUCGGCCUCCAGAUCUCCCUGUCUGCGCUGCUAGCUCUCGUCACGCUGGCCACCGUGCUUUCAAACGCCUUCGUCAUCGCCACCAUUUUCCUCACCAGGAAGCUCCACACGCCCGCCAACUUCCUGAUCGGCUCCCUCGCCGUCACAGACCUGCUGGUGUCUAUUUUAGUCAUGCCCAUUAGCAUCGUCUACACCGUCAGCAAGACGUGGUCGCUCGGGCAGAUUGUUUGCGACAUCUGGCUGUCGUCUGAUAUCACGUUCUGCACGGCCUCCAUCUUGCACCUGUGUGUGAUCGCGCUGGACCGCUAUUGGGCCAUCACAGAUGCGCUCGAGUACUCGAAACGCCGCACCAUGCGCCGGGCGGGGGUCAUGGUCGGGGUGGUGUGGGUGAUCUCCAUAUCGAUUUCCAUGCCUCCACUUUUCUGGCGGCAAGCCAAAGCCCACGAGGAGCUGACGGAGUGCAUGGUGAAUACAGAUCAGAUCUCUUACACCCUAUACUCCACCUUCGGCGCCUUCUACGUCCCCACAGUGCUUCUCAUCAUCCUCUACGGACGGAUCUAUGUCGCAGCCCGCUCCCGAAUCUUUAAGACGCCAUCGUCCUCGGGGAAACGCUUCACCACAGCACAGCUCAUCCAGACCUCUGCAGGCUCCUCUCUCUGUUCUCUUAAUUCCGCCUCCAACCAGGAAGCACACCUACACUCUGGCAGCGCAGGAGGAGGAGGAGGAGGAGGAUCGCCUCUGUUCAUGAAUAGUGUGAAAGUGAAGCUGGCAGACAGCGUGCUGGAGAGGAAACGUCUUUGUGCAGCCCGGGAGAGGAAAGCGACCAAGACGUUGGGCAUCAUCCUGGGUGCGUUCAUCGUCUGUUGGCUCCCGUUCUUUGUCGGCACGCUUGUCAUGGCCAUAUGUAAAGAGUGCUGGUUUGACCCGGUGCUUUUUGAUAUAUUUACCUGGCUGGGAUACCUGAACUCCCUCAUCAAUCCCGUUAUCUACACCGCAUUCAACGAUGAGUUCAAACAGGCUUUCCAGAAACUCAUCAAAUUCAGACGGUGCUCCUGA